UCAGCCGCAAUUGACUGUAUCGGCUCCCCGCACUUAGGCCACGGACAGAAAAUAAAAUGUGCUCAAAUUAAAUCUCGUUCUCUCGCGAUUCAUGUGUGUUUUCUUGCCUCGCGUAGUAGAUAAUACAACCGGUCGUCGUUUCGAUAUUUUCGCUUUUAGUAUGAUAAGUUUUUCGGAGAAGCGAUUUCAAUCCAAAGCACAUUAACUUAAUAAUCAUUUCUUGGUGCACACUCAAAUGGCUCAAAUACAGACUAACCAAGCGCCUACCGCGACAGAGGCAACAUGUUUAGCAAUUGAGGAAAACCGACACUCGAAGCGUGCAGAAAGGAAAGAAUUGCAGGUAUCUAUCAACAAGGAGAUAGAAACAAUUCUCAGCGAACAACUGUCUGUUCAAGAUGGUUUAUCGCAAUUACAAGCCCUGCUGGAAGAUGCCAGGAUUGAUCGUCUGCACGAGUUAAUCGAGGAGAUGAUGAACUGGGAUGUUCUUACCACCAUUCCGGAGCCGAAAACUUUCCUAUUCAAUGCAAAACUUCAACCGUCAUUCGCGAAAAUGCUGGAAAGUAACAUCAAGUAUCAAUCGCACCUGGAAUGUUUCAUAACUCGCUUCGAUGCUGUAAAUGAAAGAAUCUACCCUGAUCUUAAUACUCCACUACACUACGCAGUUGAAUCUCUGAACAUUGACUUCAUAAAAUGGUUACUGACACAACCCAAUCUAGCUAUAAACUGUCGCAACAAACAACGCAAAACGGCCCUGUUCCUGCUAUGCGAACAGUACGACAGCCUUGUGAACAGUCCGAAGUUCAAGAAACGCACGCUACAUGUUACCACAGCUUCCACAAAUACCGAGGAUAUCCGCCAGUGUAUCUUGAUGCUGCUAGAACACGGAGCAGACUUCAAUAUCUGCAGCGAUCGACUGCAGCUGCCAUUCGAGCUUCUGAUUCGGAAUAAGUCAAAAGACAACAAAUUGUUUGUGAAGGAGUGCCUAAAAAGGUGCGAUGAUGCUAUAGCGAUCGGGAAAACCAACGAACUGAAGAGACGGGUUGUUGCAUUUUACCAGGACUGGGCAUAUGUCAAGGUUACCAUAGAACUGUUAGAGCUAUACUUGAGAUUUGGAGAGGAGGACAAAUUUGCCCGUGAGUUCGACCGAAUCAAUAUAGAUUCGGGAAACGUUCGAGAAGUUAUCAAGAUCUUGUUACACAUUGCUGUUGAGCUUAACUUGGAGUCUAGUGUGAAAAAGAUAGUGGACAGCGCAAAGAAACAAAUUUUUCAAGUAGAAAGAGCUCGAAAGCUAAAGCACCUGCGGGUUUGCCAUCCCGAUAUGGACGAAGAUAACAAAUCUUCGGAACUAACAUACCGGGUAGAGCUAAAAGGUUUACUGAAAAAGGCCUGUGAGUGUGGGAAUGUAACCACGUUGAAUCUUUUGUUGAACCACAUAACCGAUCGUGUGUUGAUCAAUGAUGAACCCAUUCUGGUGAUUACACUGAAUCGGGCCCAUGAACUUCACAAUCGAGAAGAUGAGCAGUUUAAAGUGCUACAGUGUGCGGAUUUACUUUCCAAAGAUCAGAAAAUUCACCUUUCUCGUACAGAUAACAACGGAAAUACUGCUCUACACAGUGCGUUAAAAUUUGGUUUUACAGAUGUUGCUCUCGCGCUGCUCCGACAGAAGUAUGCUUUCCUAGGAGUUCGAAACAAAGACGGUCUAACCCCUUUGAACUACGCUCGAUAUGAUUUCUGGAAGAUGUACUUUGACCAAUGUGUAUCAAUCGACGUAAAACGAUCGUACUUUGACAGAAAUGAGCUUCGACUUAAUCUUAACGGCUUCGAUCCGUAUAUUUUCAAGAGACAACCUGUGAAGAAAUCAGCGCCGAAAGAUCGCAGCGAACUAAACUUGUGGCGAAUAGUUGAAAAGGCAUCCGCAUCAAAUGUUAAUCCGAAAGAGAAGCAAUCAUUCGUGACUGAAAUCGAUCCCGUCAAGAUAAUUGCCAAGUCUAAAGAGUUACAGCGACUUCUUCUCCAUCCAGUGAUCUACACAUUCAUUCUGGUCAAAUGGCUAAGGCUGACAAAAUGGAGCUACAUCAAUCUCUUCUGCACACUGGUAACCGUUAUCUGCUUCAGUUGGCACUCGCUGGACUCGUGCAAUGGUGGCGAAACGUCGACCGCCCUAACUGUACUAGCCGUGAUAGGUGCCAUCUACAUGAGCCUUAGGGAAGCCAUACAAUUUGUGUUCCUGCGAUAUGACUACUUUACUUCGGUUGAAAACUACCUGGAUAUUGCCACUAUCAUCUCAAUGUGCGUGGUUCUGUCCAACGGAUGCAAUUCGAUUGUAUCCUCACUAACCAUCAUUGCUUUCGCAAUGCAACUGACGGUCCUAGUGGGUUCUCUUCCGUUCAACAGCCUUUCUACCUACAUGUACAUGUUCAAAACCGUCUCGGUCAACUUUCUAAAAAGUUUCCUGCUCUUCAUUCCUCUUUUGAGUGCCUUCACAUUCAGUUUCUUUAUAUCCUAUAACGACCAAACUUCGAUCUCAUCCAUCGACAUCCCAGCGGAAAAUAACUCCUUUAACCAAUUUGCCACCUUCUCGAGUGCUGCCCUUAAGACUCUGGUUAUGACAACCGGCGAAUUCGAAGCCGCUGCCGUUGACUUCAGUGGCGGAAAAAUUAUCCUGUUCGUUCUGUUCAUUUUCUUCGCACCAAUCGUGAUCCUUAACUUGAUCAACGGUCUCGCAGUCAGCGACAUCACCACGAUCAGAGACGAAUCCGAGCUCAUCAGUAUCAGCAAAAAGGUGUUCAUUUUGGAACGGUACGAGCGGGGCCUACGAAAUAUCCCAUUCGAUUUGAUUCGAAGGCUCUUCCCUAGUCCGUUCUUCGAGAAACACUCGUACGUGAUUGUGGUAAGACCCAAAGAGUUCCGAAAGAUUUUGGUGCAGCACAUCAAUAAACCGACCGUUGAUCAUCAGCAGCGAGGAGGUCACUUUAAGAUUCCCAAAGCCGAGUGGCUGGUUGUUCCGAACCUACCGGGAGCUUGGUUCGUUCGGGGAUCGGAAGGGUUCUUUGUGAAUUUGAGAUUCCUGAAAUUUCCCUUAUUUUCGACACUCGACGAUCACAUCCUGGAUGAAGCGUUACGAAUUGCCGAUCAGGGUAAUCUUGUGAAGGAGAUUCUAGAUAGCAGGAGAUUGGAGAUUGCUCCCGUGAUUGCGGAUGCUGCACUGGAAACAGAAGUGAAGCUCGAAGAGCUGCGAUUGGAGAUGGAGAAAAUGAAUCGACUGUUGAACAAGUUGGUGAUGAAAGGAAGCUUAGUAGGGAAGAAGCUUUUGGCAGCUGGUCAAAGAAAGGGAAGCGAAACGGGAACUGUAUUAGCCACACAGGUAGCGCACAAAGAUGCGACGAAGAGGAAGGAGCUCCGGGGAAAGAAAACGGGGAAGAAACAAACGUUCAAGACAGUAGGAGAUGUUGCUUGUGCCAUUGGGAAAUUUAAGAAAAGUAAGAAACAUAAUAAAUAAAUCUAAGUUUA